GUCGCUUGAGCUGCUCGCCUAGGAAUGUCCGCGGGCGCGGAGCCAAGCACGCGAGCGAGUCUUGGACCGAAGGAGGAGCUUGUUGUCCAAAGAUCGACCGGAGUUGCGAGCGGAUGAUUUGCCGGCACAUUGCCUCUGGCAAAGCGUUUUGGGAUCGCCAUGAAGUUUCGGAUUUCUCAGUAGCUGGUGUGCUGGUGAACAGUGGAGAUUGAUUUUGGAGCAAAACCUGCAUUUUCUGGAUUACUAAUUUGCUCUCCGAUAUAAAUGGCAACCAAUUUGAAUUUGGUUCCGGGAGAUCGUGUUGCGGCUCGCUCAUUUUCAGCAAAACCGAGAAGCAUUGUACAGCGUCUCUCCUCACAAUCUUCUGUCAGCUUGGGCGUGCGGAUCUCUCAGCCAUCCUCACAAAAUGUCCACAGAGAUGCUCGAGUCAGGAGAAUUUCAGCACAAGCCACAGAAACCUCUUCGACCACGACCAAUGAUGAUCCUUCGACUUUAUUCGACUCGCAAUUGGAGGGCAGCAAGAGCCCUUACCCGGGUGGAUUAGGACCUUACACGGGAAGAGACCCAAAUGUCAAGAAACCAGCCUGGCUCAGGCAGAGGGCACCGCAAGGAGAGCGCUACACUGAAUUAAAGGGGUCACUGUCCACUCUAAAGCUCAACACUGUUUGUGAAGAGGCUCAAUGCCCAAAUAUUGGCGAGUGCUGGAACGGAGGAGGGGGAGCUGGUGGAGAAGGAGAUGGUAUAGGGACUGCUACUAUCAUGCUACUUGGAGAUACGUGUACACGUGGAUGUAGGUUCUGUGCGGUGGCUACCAGCAAGAACCCAGCACCCCCAGAUCCUUUGGAGCCAGAGCACACCGCGGAAGCUAUUGCAAGUUGGGGGGUAGGGUAUGUUGUGCUCACAAGCGUGGACAGAGACGACAUGCCAGAUGGUGGUAGUGAUCAUUUUGCUAGAACGGUCAAAACUCUGAAGGCAUUGAAGCCGGAAAUCUUGGUGGAAUGCUUAGUUUCAGACUUCCGCGGCGAUCUGUCUGCCGUGGCGCACGUUGCCGAUUCAGGUCUCGAUGUUUUCGCCCAUAACAUCGAAACUGUGAAAAGGCUCCAACGUAUAGUGAGAGACCCACGAGCUGGUUAUGAGCAAAGUAUGUCUGUGCUCAAACAUGCUAAGGGAGUCAAAGAAGGAAUGGUGACAAAGUCUUCCAUCAUGCUUGGCCUUGGGGAAAGCGAUGAUGAGAUUAAACAGACCAUGCAAGACUUGCGUGAUGUUGGUGUGGAUAUUGUCACCCUUGGCCAGUAUUUGCAGCCGACUCCUCUCCAUUUGACCGUGAAAGAGUACGUGACUCCUGAAAAAUUUGAUUUCUGGAAGCAAUACGGUGAAGAGAUUGGCUUUCGAUAUGUUGCAAGUGGCCCUUUGGUAAGAUCUUCAUACAGAGCAGGAGAGUUUUUUGUAGAGAGUAUGAUUAAAGAAGAUCGGAAGAAGGCUGAGCACUUAGCUUGAUGAUCACCUCCACCUCCAACAUACUUUUGGCAGAUGUUGGUUUCUUCCAUAAAUGGUACUGCGAAGUCCAAAUUCAUAAGAUAGCAGUGUAGAGAUCUUUAGAAUGUUUGGCCACAUUGGGGGUAUGUGUUUCCUUUCAUAGACAAGAUAGCAACUACAUUGGUUGCAGCUUAUAGAAGUAUACCCUCCGAUUUAUAUGAAGUCUCUACUUUGAAUGAGUUCCUUCAGCCAUGAUCCCUCGUUGGGAUGUGCAUCGAACAUUUGCCUCACUUUCAUUUUUAGUACAUGUUGAUGAGCUGCCUCUCGCUUGCCCCAUCAGUUGGUGAGAGAUUAUUUCAAAAGUUCUUGUCCCUAGUAGUGUGAAGUGCUUGUAACAAACUUGGUAUCUACAAGUCUGAAAUCUGCGAAGUAAAUCGUCACGACACAGUAUAUCUUUUCUGAACGUUAGAUCUGAUUUCCUUUUUGUCGAAGGACUCAGGACGAUUGAGAGAACUACUAGGGUUAGACACCGUCAGACACUUCAGCCAGGUAACUUUCUUUUGAAUACAAUUUAAUCGGUGUUUGGUGAGACUCAACUACAGCUCCAUUGUAGGUUAGAAGUUCGGUGCAGCGAUAGCAUGUGCAUGCAGACGCCAGUGACAGGAGUGAUUAGGUUUCUUAGCAGCUUUCAUUAU